AUGCUGGACGGCAAAGGAAUCGUGGUCUUCUCGGGCGGAAGUGCAGCUAAUAGCCUGGUCGAUGUAUUCGAGGCUGUCCGUGAAAACAAAGACUGCCCCUUGAGCUAUAUCAUCCCCAUCAGCGACAAUGGAGGGUCCUCUUCAGAGUUGAUACGGGUCUUUGGUGGUCCUGGGAUUGGCGAUGUCCGCAGUCGUCUUGUCCGACUGAUUCCCCUCAAUCCCCCGUCUCCAGAAAAAUCAGCAACAUCAGCACUGUUCAAUCACCGAUUAUCGUCCACGUCUUCGGUAGAUGCCGCGGCAGAGUGGCAACUGAUUGUAUCUGGUACUUCGGAGCUAUGGCGUGAUAUAUCAUCGGCGAAGAGGGAGCUUAUCCGGUCCUUCUUUAACCUGCUGAAUCUCGAAGUCCUCAAGCGAGCCCGACCGAUGUCAACAUUUGACUUCACAUCAGCCAGUGUCGGUAACUUAUUCCUGACUGGAGCGCGUCUAUUCAGUGGUAGCUUUGAGUCUGCUAUCUAUCUACUAAGCAGCAUUUGCGGAAUCCCAGACGGCGAAGUCCGCGUGAUUCCCAGCAUCAACUCAAACUUCUCCCACCACAUUGCAGCGGGACUGGAGAACGGAGAAGUCAUCGUUGGACAGAAUAACAUCUCCCAUCCAGCUGCCGCCACCGCUCUGGAGAUGCCGACCGUGGUAUCAGGACCUCCACAGGGUGGUAGGUCCCGGCCAAGUGUCGACCACUCUGAUGACGUUGAAGACGCCAACAUCCCAGGGACUCUCCCGACUCUUAGACAACGGAACAUUAAGUUUAGCAAGGAGGAAGAUGAAGAUUUGCCCACUCGCAUCGAGCGCAUUUGGUAUAUCAAUCCGUAUGGACAGGAGAUGCUCCCCCCGGCGAAUCCGCGUGUUCUAUCGGCAAUCAAGCAUUCACAGGCCAUCAUAUAUUCCAUUGGUUCGCUGUACACGUCGAUUAUUCCCUCGAUCGUGCUCAAAGGUGUGGGGGAAGCCUUGCGGUCCACAACAGCCCGCCACAAGAUCCUUAUUUUGAAUGGGUCACUAGACCGUGAGGUUGGCCCUAGCACAAGCCCUUUCACUGCAUUUGACUUUGUCGAGGCCAUCGUUCGUGCCUGUGAGCAAUCGAGAGGCAAUGCAUGGAGACCCAUACUGCAUGCCUCGCGCUCAGAUGAGACUCUUUCAACAUCCGCAAUAACAUCUCCAACAAUUCGACACAGCAAUCUACUUGCACCAGGAUCGCAGCUUCACUCGAUUUCUCAGCCUCGAUCUAUAUAUCGCCGAUAUGUGACACAUGUCAUUCAUUUGACUGGAGAUGGGACUCCUCAUGUCGACCGAGAACAUCUUGCUUCUGUUGGAAUCGACUGCUUGAAGCUCUACGGCCGUAAGAGCCCCAAGCGCAUCAUGCUCUAUGAUCCCCAAGCACUGAUUGGCGCCAUUGAAGCCAUUCUCGGCAAAAGAGGUGACGCUAUGGCUGUCAGCAGAAGUCGAAGGAACACGUUAGAUGCCUGA